AUGACAAACAAGAAAGGGCAAGACCCUAACUUAUACUGUGAUUUUCACAAAGAUUCGGGGCAUUUGACCGAUGACUGCUACAGUUUGCGCCAGGAAAUCGAAAGAGCGCUCAAAAGCGGCAAGCUAAGCCAUUUAGUGAAGAAUGUGCGCAAGGACACCCGUCAACUCCAGCGUCAUGAUGAAGGCAGCCACAAAAAGGUGAGACGGCUAGAGACUCACAUGGUCAACGGACCAAGAUACACCGCGAGAGAAAAAGGCAAACGGCCCUACGAGCCUUCUUGGCAAGAACAGCAAGUCAUAUUCCCAGUAGUGCGCGGCGGUCCUCGCGCUACACGACCCGUCGUCAUUACUGGCAUAAUUGGUCACUAUGAAACUGAAUACAUCUUCAUCGACCCAGGAAGCACAGCCGACAUCAUCUACGAACAAUGUUUCAACCAACUCGAUGAAGAAGACAAAGCGAGACUCGAGCCAGUCGAUUAUCCUUUGUCCGGCUUUUGCAAUGAAAUGGUCUUCCCUCUCGGGGCAGACAUCAUGGAUGACCCCCAUCAUCCAAUACUUGCAAGAGGGGGUGCUUCCCGAGAACAAAGCGGAAGCAAGAAAAAUCCAAAACAAAGCCCUACAGUACGAAAUGAACAGCGGUAUCUUAUACCGGAAAUCCUUCCUGGGACCACUACUGCGCUGUGUGGACCCCCAGGACGCGAAUUAUUUGAUAAGGGAAAUCCAUGA